CUUCUGAAACAGCAGUACCUACCAACCAGAGGAGACUCCGCCAAGUUUUGGCGACUCCGCCAAAUCUAUAAAGAGAAAACCGAAAACGCCACCUUUAGCAACCUUCUUCACAGAAACCUCCUCCCUUCCCAUUAAAAACGUGUAUUUCUUCCUCUUACAAAUCUUUAAAGAGAGAGACAUUUUUCCAAUCGAUCUCUUCUAUACAUUUCCCUCUUGUUAUUACCUUCAAACAAACAAGAAAAAAAAUAAUAUAUUCUUUCAUCAACAACUAACAACUUCUUCUUCUUCUCCAAACCCAUUUGUUGAAAUCUCUGAAAUUUUAAUUUCCUUUUUCUACAAAAAAAAAAAAAAAAUAGUGGGUAUACAAAAUGACCACUAAUGCAUUUCAUCACACUAUUGGGGCUGGUGGGGUGAAUGGAUGUUGUGAUGGUUUGGGUUCACGACAAGGAUUUGUCAAUUUUCCGGUGAAGACUGUAUCAAAGACAUUUGGGUAUAAUGUUGGUUUGUUGAGGAGAGGUAGUUGUCGCACUAGUAUUCAGAAUUUGAGUGUGAUUCAAGCCUCGAGUUCUCAAUCGUCAGUGGCUGAUCAGGUUCUAUCACCCUCAAACAAUGAGAAAAGUGAGCCUAAGAAAAAAUCAAAUGAAGCUGCCCUGAUAUUGAUAAGGCAUGGUGAGUCUUUGUGGAACGAGAAGAACCUAUUCACAGGUUGCGUGGAUGUGCCCUUGACCAAAAAGGGAGUGGAAGAGGCAAUAGAAGCUGGUAAAAAAAUUAGUAACAUACCUGUAGAUAAGAUUUACACGUCUUCCCUAAUUCGUGCACAGAUGACAGCAAUGCUUGCAAUGACCCAACACCGUCGUAGAAAGGUUCCUAUCUUUACGCAUAACGAAAAUGAACAAUCUAGAAAAUGGAGCGAAAUUUACAGUGAAGAAACCAAAAGCCAGUCAAUUCCUGUUGUCGCGGCUUGGCAAUUAAAUGAAAGAAUGUAUGGGGAGCUACAGGGUCUUAACAAGCAGGAAACUGCAGAUAGAUAUGGAAAGGAGCAAGUCCAUGAGUGGCGUCGUAGUUAUAAUACUCCUCCCCCUAACGGCGAGAGCCUAGAAAUGUGUGCGGAAAGAGCUGUUGCUUAUUUCACAGAUAAUAUUGAACCCCAACUUCAACGCGGAAAGAAUGUGUUGAUUGCUGCCCAUGGAAACUCAUUAAGAUCCAUUAUUAUGUAUCUCGAUAAGUUAACCACCGAAGAGGUUAUUAGCUUAGAGCUUUCUACAGGAGUUCCUAUGCUUUACAUAUUCAAAGAAGGAAAGUUCAUUAGAAGGGGAAGUCCAGUGAGUCCCACCGAAGCUGGUGUUUAUGCGUAUACUAGAAGUUUGGCUCUUUACAGGCAGAAAUUAGAUGAGAUGAACUAGAUCACUUUAAACAACAGAAUUCAGCCUCCACUGUAUCUUUUUCACACCGGCUUCUCUUUUACUAGGUUAUAGAAAGCAUAUAAUGUGGUCAUGUGGAAUCAAGCUCCUUGUACUAUAAUGGAUAUACAAGAAAGCUGGACAUUCUUCUUAUUACAAAUUUUGUAUGGUUUGAUCAAGUCAAGUCGUUUUAGGUAGUUGACUUUGUGCCCGUCCAGUUUGUGUUUUCUUUUUUAUGACAAGUACAAAUGUUGGUGUUGAGAAUUGUCAACUUAGUUCUGUAAUAGACUGAUAAUAAAAUUAGAGAGUAUAUACUUCUUUUGUUCCUCUACUUUCA